AUGGCGUGGGUGAAGGUCCGCAGGAAGAAGAGACAGAUGACUGCGCUGCAUUUUGCUUGUGCCUAUGGCAAGGUAGAAGUCGUAAGGGUUCUACUGAGAAAUAAUUGUGACAUUGAUGCCGUUGACAUAAACUCCAUCACACCUCUGAUGAAGGCUGUACAAAACUGGACAUAUGGAUGUGUGUAUACAUUGCUGAAGCAUGGUGCUAACCCAAACCAUAUGGACAAAAAUGGCAAUACUUCUCUCCACUAUGCUGUGUCUGAAGGCAAUCAGAUGCUGGCUAAAAACUUACUUGAGUAUAGUGCAGACCUGGAGCAAAAGAACAAGGAUGGCUUUACACCACUUUUACUGGCUCUCAAGGAAAACAAAAUAGAGAUGGCGAAAUUUUUAGUAAAGAAGGGAGCAAAUAUACAUGUAUUUGAUGAGAUGAAAAGAAACACACUCUUAUAUGCCAUAAGAUGGGAUGCAAAAGAUAUGGUCAGUCUCCUUCUGAAAGAAGGAAUUGACUUUUCCUUUAAAGAUAUAUUCGGAUGGACUGCAUUACGUUAUGCUAUUGAAGGCACAAGUAAAGGUAGUCGGAAAAUUCUUAUGGACUACGAGGAAAAGUUACAUAUUAAAAAUAAAGAUGGCAGUCUAGAAUACAAGAAUUCUGAAGAAAAUUCAUUGGCCAAGAACCCCAGUGAUCCUACUUCUGUGUUCACCUUGCCCAAAUCAAAUGAGGAUGAUGAUGAUUUUAAUGACAAGCUGAGUUCUUUGAAGUGUGCUCCUGCUAAAUAUAUCAGUAACAUACAUGGGCCUGGAGGUCAGAGAGACAAAAAUGAAGCAAAAGAAACAAUGGAAGACUCCUUUAAAAAGCAUCGUGCCUCAAAGUCUGUGAUUGGAAAGACAGUUGUUCUUGCAUAUGAAGAAUCACUGGCAAAUCAGGAGGAGUCAAUGCAUGCAGGAUCAGAUAUAUUUACCCCUGAAUCACUGGGAGACAAUAUCUCAGAUGACAGUGAAAAUAUUCAGCUGUUGGUAUAAAGGAACUGACAACCAACCGUAUUUCUAUGGGCAAAUAAUAAACAAUUUGAAACAA